UAUAUAAAAAAAACUCGUACUUGUAAAACUGAGCUUGUGACCUUUGAACCUUUUAGGCUAACGGAUUUCUGCUCCAACAGCACAGAAGAACCUUCCACAGUCCGGGUCGUUUGGAUUUGCCUCUGAAACCAACAUGGAAACUUUUUUCUGUCGUCACUUUAAGAGGAAGGAAGCAGCGCUGCAGGGGGAGAUGGACGCCCCCACCCGCCGCCAGCGGAGGCCCAGCGUUGCUGUCCCUACCAGCAAGGCUCGUCGGAGGUCCAGCGCUGGUCUUCCUUCCUCUGCUUUGACCCAGCGGCGCCGCUCUAGCAUCCAGAUUCAUCCAGGGCUUCUCUGUGCUGGCGGCGGUGACCUGGCGACAACGCCUCAUCACGGCAGGGUGAGACCUGUCCGCAGGCGCUCCAGCACCACCACCCCCUCCCUGAACCCGAGGUUUGCUGUGCAGCGCAGGAAGGUGAGGAAGCUGCAGACCAUCGACACCCAUCUGCUGGGUCCGUCCAUGCUGCUCGCCAGCCUGAUCCGGAUGGCUGAGGAGGAGGAGGGUGAAGGUGCGCUGGGGCCGGGGCUAUCGACUGGAGAGCAGCAAGUGGAAGUUAGAGGCGGGGCUAAUAAUGAGGGAUCAUUUUCAUGCUCCAGCAGCCUCCUAUACGACAGAGGUGAAGACAGUGACAAUUACUCCCCCAACAGCAGCCAAUCGGAAAGCAGCCAGCUGUCUGAGGCAGAGCAACUGCCAGAGGAAGAGACUGACUCUUCCCGAUUCCUUGCCUAUCCAGCCUCCAUCCCCUCCUCCGUCUGCUCCUUGCAGGUGCUAAGGAACCCGCCCCAGGUUGUCUCUCAGUCACGGCCCCUGCUCCGGGCCCCUCGCUGCCUCCGCAGGAACUCCUCCUGCCAUCAAGCCUCCAGUCAGAUGAAGAGGAGGAAGAUCUCCACCAUCUCCAAAGCCGGGAGCCCAUGGCCAGGGAGGGGCCGCAAGCACUCUGUGUACUACCUCCAUCAUCCAGCCUUCUACAGGGGCCAUGGGGCCCUCAGCCCCCUGGGGGCCCAUGGCUAUGAAACCAGCUUGAGUGCUCUCCUGCUGAAAGCGAUCACCAAGUCGAGUCUUCAGAACAUUCAGCCCAACAUGUCUACAUUGGGACAGACGGACCUGCUGCAGCCCAACAGUAACAUCGACUGGACUGAGAGUGCUCAGUAUGGAGAACACAUCUGGUUUGAGGCCAGCGUUUCUGGAGACUUCUGUUAUGUUGGAGAACAGUUCUGUGUGGCCAAAUUGCUGCAAAAGUCCGUAUCGAGGAUGAAGUGUGCUGGCUGUAAAAUCUCCGUGCACGUGAUGUGCAUGGAUCAGUUGGAGAAGAUUAACUUCAGAUGCAAACCGACCUUCAGGGAACCGGCAUCCCGCGCUGUCCGAGAGGCCAACGUGGUUCGACACCACUGGGUCCACCGCAGACGCCAAACUGGAAAGUGUCGGCAGUGUGGGAAGGGCUUCCAGCAGAAGUUUUCGUUUCACAGCAAAGAGAUUGUUGCCAUCAGCUGUUCUUGGUGCAAACAGGCGUACCACAACAAGGUAGCAUGUUUCAUGCUGCAGCAGAUAGAAGAAUGUUGCUCUAUGGGGGCUCACGCCACAGUCAUCGUCCCGCCCACUUGGAUAAUCAGGGUCCGCCGACCGCAGACGUCCCUGAAGUCCAGCAAGAAGAAGAAACGGACGUUGCUGAAGAGCAACAAGUUGAGCAAGAAAGGAACUGAGCUCCAAGAUGGCCGCUGGAAGCCCUUCCUGGUCAAGCCCCUCCCCUCGCAGCUAAUGAAGCCUCUGCUGGUGUUUGUUAAUCCUAAAAGCGGCGGGAACCAGGGGUCAAAGGUCAUCCAGUCUUUCAUGUGGUACCUGAAUCCCCGGCAGGUGUUUGACCUGACAAAAGGAGGACCCAGAGAGGGGCUAGAACUGUACUCAAAGGUUCCCAACCUGCGGAUUGUGGCCUGCGGUGGCGAUGGCACGGUGGGCUGGAUUCUGUCUGUGUUGGACCAGCUGAAGCUCUGCCCCCAGCCCCCAGUGGCCAUUCUUCCCCUGGGAACAGGCAAUGACCUGGCCAGGACCUUGAAUUGGGGAGGGGGCUACACCGAUGAACCAAUCACAAAGAUCCUGUCCCAUGUGGAGGAUGGGAACGUGGUCCAACUAGAUCGAUGGAACCUGAAGGUUGAGGCCAACCUGGAGGCCCAGCCCGAGGACAGAGACGAGCAGCAGACAACCAAGCUUCCUAUUGACGUUUUCAACAACUACUUCAGUCUGGGCUUUGAUGCUCACGUCACGCUGGGUUUCCAUGAAUCCAGAGAGGCAAAUCCGGAGAAAUUCAGCAGCCGUUUCAGGAACAAGAUGUUCUAUGCAGGAACCGCCUUCUCCGACUUCCUGAGCGGGAGCUCUAAAGACCUUGCUAGGCACAUCAGAGUGGUGUGUGAUGACACAGACCUGACAGCCAAAGUCCAGGAGAUGAAGCUCCAGUGCCUCCUCUUCCUCAAUAUUCCCAGGUACUGUGCCGGUACCACACCGUGGGGUAAUCCCAGUGAGCACCAGGACUUUGAACCUCAGCGUCACGAUGAUGGCUGCAUCGAGGUCAUCGGCUUCACCAUGACCUCUCUGGCCACGCUGCAGGUGGGAGGUCACGGCGAGCGACUUCACCAGUGUAAGGAGGUGACCCUCACUACCUUUAAGUCCAUCCCCAUGCAGGUGGACGGUGAACCCUGCAAGCUGGCGCCGUCAGUCAUCCACAUCAGCCUCCGGAACCAGGCCAACAUGGUUCAGAAGGCGAAGCGGAGGAUCAACAUGCCCCACCUGAAUGACCAGCAGCUGGUUCCUGAAAAGCUGCAGAUCAGGGUGAACCGGAUCAGCAUGGCAGCCUACGAAGCUCUGCAUUAUGAUCAGGACCAGCUGAAGGAGGCCUCAACCCUACUCGGGGUCAUCCACGUCCCUGGAGACAGCGACCUGGAGAUGUGUCGCCAGCACGUCCAGCACCUGCAGGACCAGCUGGACCAGGAAAGAGACGGGCUGAGAGCUGAGAGUCCGUCUUUACAGAAACUGUCCCUAAACUGGUGUUUCCUUGACUGUACUACUGCGGACCGUUUUUACCGGAUUGACCGAGCUCAGGAGCAUCUGAACUAUGUGACAGAGAUCUCUCAGGAGGAGCUCUACAUCCUGGACCCAGAGUUGGUCGUCAAGGAGACGGUGUGCACGUCCUCCAGCAUCCUAAAGCCGGUGGACUCUGAGGAGCACCAGCAGCCAUCGGGCCAGUUCUCCUUCCCCUGCUCAUCGUCCUCCCCCACCUCCUCCAGAACCUCUGCUACCUCACGGGAUACAAAAGUAGAUGCAGAACUGAUCAGCUGCAUACGGACCGGGAACCUGAGCAGGCUGACCGAGCUCCACCAGCAGGGGGCGGACCUGCUGCUGCAGGAUGCAGAAGGACACACGCUGCUACAUCACUCUGUCCAGACCGGCAGUAAGGAUAUCGUCAGGUACCUCAUCGACAACGUUCCCAUGAGUCAUUUGGACCUCACAGAGACUGAGACGGGCGAGACAGCACUCCACCAGGCCGCUGCCCUUGGUCUAAGGAGCAUUUGUCACUUCCUGGUAGAAGCUGGUGCAUCGCUCAUGAAGACAGACUUGCAGGGCGACACACCCAAACAUCGUGCUGCCAAAGCCCAGGACCUGGAGCUGGCCGACUACCUUGGGAACCGGCAGCACUACCAGAUGAUCCAGAGGGAGGACGAAGAGACGGCAGUGUGACCUGGAACCAGAACUCUCACUUUAUGUACCCCCACAGAGGUCCAAGUAAAUGGGUCUCUGCUGGGUGUAGGGCUCAGUUUUCAGCUCUACUUUAUGGAGUGGUUCUUGGCUCUCUGUCCUUUUGUCGAACUGGACCACAAACCCAAACCAGUUUGGAUUUCAGCCCAGAGACGAGGCAGCAGCUUUAAGGAACCACUGGUGUCUUCUGUCCAGCUGUUUGAGAUGUUUGGAUGCAGUCCAGACAGAAAAUGUUUCGUAUUUAAUGACUAGAUAUUUAUGAUCUGUUUGUAGAGAUAAAACCUUGAUAAUCAAAGCCUUAGAUGUUUGACUGUCUGUUACAGUGCUGAAGCCAGAGCCUGGUUCUGCCAGGUCUGGACCAUUAAGAUAAUCUUCUCUGUAAUCAUGUCUCAACUGUCUGGUCUCCUUGUUUCUGAGAGACCUGCAAUAAAGCAUGUGAGCAAGAAGGUUCACGAA